AUGACAAAGCAAGAGUGGAAAAACACAAUGGCUGUUACAGAGUUCAUCCUCCUGGGAUUUGGGAAUGGCCCUGAGUUGGAUUGUCUUCUGUUCCUGAUGUUUCUGUUAAUCUAUGUUGUGACCAUAACAGGAAACAUCUGCAUCAUCGUGCUGAUGGUGGCUAAUCAGCACCUUCACACCCCAAUGUACUUCUUCCUGGGCAAUUUGGCCUGCUUGGAAAUCUGCUACAGCUCAAAUAUCUUGCCAAGGAUGUUGCUUGGCUAUCUGGGUGGUGACAGACGCAUUUCAGUCAACGGGUGCUUUACGAAGUACUAUUUCUUUGGUUGCUUGGCAGCCGCAGAGUGCUAUCUUCUGGCAGCAAUGUCCUACUAUAGGUACCUCGUGAUGUGCAAACCCUUGCACUACCUCUCCCAUAUGAAUGGCAAGCUCUGCUUCCAGCUGGGUGCCUCAUCUUGGAUAAGUGGCUUUCUGUCUAAUUCUAUACUGACAUUCCUCAUCUCGAGUUUAGAUUUCUGUGGGCCUAAUGAAAUUGAACAUUUUUUCUGUGACUCAUUCCCAAUGAUAAAACUUUCCUGCAGUGAUGUUCACGUGGCAGGACUUGCCACUUCUGUUGUGGCAGGUGUGUGCUCACUGCCUCCCUUUCUGUUUACCUUCUCAUCCUACCUCUACAUCAUCAUCACAGUCAUGAGAAUUCCUUCUGCCACUGAAAGGAAAAAAGCCCUUUCCACUUGCUCCUCACUUCUUAUUGUGGUGAUUCUUUUUUACUGGUCAAUAAUAACUGUCUACGUCCUUCCCCAUCAUGAUACCCAAAUAUCCCCCAACAAAGUCUUCUUGGUUUUUUAUACCACUCUCACUCCCUUGGUCAAUCCUCUCGUCUGCAGUCUGAGAAACAAAGAGGUCAAGGAAGCUCUGCGAAAACAGACAUGUAAAUUGCUGGCUUUCAGAGGACUGCUUCCCGUUAAAUAAAAAGGGGGUAACAAUCCU